UAAGUCUUAUGUGGAUCCUGUUGACGAAGACAGCCUAUUACAGUCUGUUCACUUACCUUGAGAGUGAGCGUGCGUGCGUGCGUGCGUGCGCGCGGUGGGAGGGGUUUUCUGGAGCCACUUGCUCCCUCUAAUUAGCAGAGUGUGCCGGUAAAGGAACUCAGUGGAGCAACCUCGCCAAGGCGCGAAGGCACCCGCGGCCACCUCACCUGUGUCAUGACUCAAAACUGUGUGAAACUCAACUCGGACACGCAGCUCGCAUGCCCACUCUGCUGAUUUGCGCUCUGCUGGUAAAGUGACAGAAAGAAAGUAAAGGCUCAAAGUGCAAAUUAAGCAACUUUGAGAUUCCUCCAGACUUGCGCCGGCGCUUCCCGCUCCUCUCCACACGCAGGUUGGAGAGCUGGGAUCCGACGCAGCAACUUGUGACAGACAGAGCCGCUCCCAGGGGCCCCCGGUUGUUGCGUUACGUGUCCGCGAGACAACGCAGGGAGAGGACUUAAAAGCCCGCGGUAAGGAUGAUGUCCUACAUAAAGCAACCCCAUUACGCCAUGAACGGGUUAAAUUUGCCUGGCCCCGGAAUGGACCUGCUGCACACCACCGUCGCGUAUCCAUCCACUCCCCGGAAGCAGCGUAGGGAGCGUACCACCUUCACCCGAACACAGCUGGACAUCCUGGAGGCGCUGUUCUCCAAGACCCGCUACCCGGACAUCUUCAUGAGGGAGGAGGUGGCCCUCAAGAUCAACCUGCCUGAGUCACGUGUGCAGGUUUGGUUCAAAAACCGCCGUGCCAAGUGCCGUCAGCAGCAGCAGCAGAGCAGUGGCCAGUCCAAGCCCCGUCCUCCCAAGAAGAAGGCAUCUCCACCCCAGGAGCCCAGCGCCCCUGAUCCAGUCUCAAACCCCUCGGGUUCUUACAGCCCCUCGUCCGCCCCGUCGGGCCCCACCCUCGCCCCGAGCUCCAGCACCGGAAACACGGCGGUGUCCAUCUGGAGCCCGGCCAUCUCGCCCCUCCCUGACCCCCUGGCCUCCUCCUCAGCCCCCUGCAUGCAGCGGCCCUCGCCGUACCCCAUGAGCUACGGCCAGCCCUCGGCCUACACCCAGGGCUACGCCGGCACCACCUCCUACUUCACCGGCCUGGACUGCAGCGCCUACCUGUCCCCCAUGCACUCACAGCUGUCGGGCACCGGCGGCGCUCUCAGCCCCAUCACCGUGCCCUCCAUGGGGGGCUCCCUAAGCCAAUCCCCGGCCUCGCUAUCCUCCCAGGGCUACGGCACCGCCUCCUCGCUGGGCUUCACCUCUGUCGACUGCCUGGACUACAAGGACCAGCAGGCCUGGAAACUGGGCUUCACCACAAUGGACUGCCUGGACCACAAAGACCAAAACUCCUGGAAGUUCCAGGUCCUCUAGAGGGAGGGGCAGGGCGCCGUUCAGGAGAGUCAGCUGGCCAGAGCGAGCUCCUGUGUGAUGUGCAGGACCGAGCCGUUCUGCCAGAGGACGUGUUAUCUUUUAUUCUCAGUUUCUUGUUUGUAAAUUUUUUUUUUCUAAAGGCAACCUCUGUAGAAAAUGCAUUUUAUUUGAAUGAGAGUGGAGACUGGGGGACCCGUGACUAUUAUCAACGCUGCCUGACUGCAAGUCAUGUCCGUUCUCUUCUUCAUGCUACGUUAACUAAGAGAACAAAGCCUUUAAAGAGUUUGUAGGAAGAGGCUCCCGGUGGAUGCUGAGCUGAAUGUCCGUAGUUUCAGUGGAGUCCUCCCUAUGGAAACACACUAAGACAUCCCUGCUGUUCUCAUGACUGUCUCACACAGCCACAUGUACGCUACACUUGUUCGUUUCAUUCAUUUUGUUGUGCAUCGGCUUACACUUUGUUUUAAAGUUUGCAUUAACAUAGAGUUAAAGGAGAGAUGCUUUUCGCAGCGAGGGGCUCUGAAGGUCCUUCCAUAGUCACUUCCUCCUGCAGAGCCAUCAGGGUUACUUUAUUUAAAUUUAUUUAUUCUUACUAUUAUUAUUGUACGCUACACAUUACUAUUUCAUUUGGUUGCAGUUAGAUUUUUGGAGCAAUAUGUGUUACGUAUUACCGUGUUAGCCUAGUAUCAUCCUGAUUUGUUUGAUGAAAGAAAAAGACAAAAAAAGAUCUUCUGUUUAGUUGUGUGACAUAUUAAAGCUAUCUUGUCUUUA